AUGGCGUCUGAUUUUAAAAGGAUUUGUCAAAAAUCAGCUUUCAAUCAUUCUGUAAAUAUCUCCCUUUAUUAUCAAACAACUCAGAAUCAACCCCCUCUACCAAUAAACAUGUUGUAUUUUUAUAUUUCUGAUGAUUAUUUACAGUUAGAUGCUCUAUACCCAGCUUGUGUAGUUUUAAAAGAAGAACAGAUAAAAUCUAGUAAAAUUGUAGAUAUGGUACAGAAAGCAUCUCAGGCAGCAAGACAGGGUGCUGAAUCAACAUCCAAGAUGGCUGCUAGGGCAGGACGAGCUAGUUAUGUGAAUCCAGAUAAUUUACACAAUCCUGACCCAGGGGCCAUGGCAGUGUCUAUUUGUUUCCAGGCCAUUCUAGAUACGUUGCUAUCACAAAUAUAAACAAAUCAGCCAGUGUAUGUGUCAAGCUAUUACAAACUUUUCACUUAUACCUUGACUACAAUAGCCACCUUUCUUGUAUCACAGAAUUUAGCGAUUUGAUUGGAUUGUAUGCCAGUGAAUACAGCCAAUCAGAGUUCUUGACAUAAAGGCUGUAAUCAUUAUGGCUAAGUGUUUACAGACUUUCUGUCAAAGUCUCUGAUUGGCUGUAUUCACUAGCGUACAAGCCAAUAAAUUCUCUGUAUUUACAAUCUUCCAAGAUACAAGAAUAGUGGCUAUUGUAGUCAAGGUAUAAGACGAAUUUGGUAAUACCUUGAUAUGAAAACCACAGUAAUCACUAUCAGGGUUCAGUUAAAUUGUAACUCAACAAAUGGAAGAUUAGUCGUUGAAAUUAUUUAAGCCAGACCUAAACAAUUUGAACUAAUAUAUUUGUGGUUACAGUAAGGUAAUUAAAUUCUCAUUAAUUUGGCCUUAUUUAGUUAAUAUUUUCUUGUUAUUUCUUGAUUUGUUAUAUUAGUGAUUUGUUCUAUUAGUGAAUUAUAUUAGUGAUUUGUUAUUUUAGUGAAUUGUUAUAUUAGUGCUAGUUUAUAAACUGAUUAUUUUACAAGCUGAUGAAGAUAAGAACCUAUGACUACCAUUUGCUAGAGGUAACCAAGGUAAUGAUGAGGUCAUGUAAAGAACUGAUGGUUUAUAAAACCUAACUUAUCCAAGUUGAGAGAACUUGAUAAUCAUUUCUCAGCUGAUUUGAAUGGCUUUAAUCUGUACAUAUUAUUAUUAUACCUUGACAUUUGGAAAUCAG